AUGGAUUCACCCGAGAAACUGGAUAAGAACAGCUUAGUGGGCAUCAACAAAAACCGGCUUGGUGUGUGUGGCUGGAUUCUGUUUUUCCUUUCCUUGCUAUUAAUGCUCAUCACCUUCCCCAUCUCCAUAUGGAUGUGCUUGAAGAUCAUUAAGGAGUAUGAGCGUGCUGUUGUCUUCCGACUGGGACGCAUCCAAGCUGAUAAAGCCAAGGGACCAGGUUUGAUCCUGGUCCUGCCCUGCAUUGACGUGUUUGUCAAAGUAGAUCUGCGAACAGUCACUUGCAACAUUCCUCCACAAGAGAUCCUCACGAGAGACUCUGUGACCACCCAAGUGGACGGAGUUGUCUAUUACAGAAUCUACAGCGCUGUCUCAGCGGUGGCCAACGUGAAUGAUGUCCACCAAGCCACAUUUCUGCUGGCGCAAACCACUCUGAGAAACGUCUUAGGGACACAGACCUUGUCCCAGAUCUUAGCCGGGCGAGAAGAGAUCGCCCACAGCAUCCAGACCUUGCUUGAUGAUGCCACUGAGCUCUGGGGGAUCCGCGUGGCCAGGGUGGAAAUCAAAGAUGUCCGGAUUCCUGUGCAGCUGCAGAGGUCCAUGGCGGCGGAGGCUGAGGCCACCCGGGAAGCCAGAGCCAAGGUCCUUGCGGCCGAGGGAGAAAUGAACGCUUCCAAGUCCCUGAAGUCGGCUUCCAUGGUACUGGCUGAGUCCCCCAUUGCCCUCCAGCUGCGGUACCUACAGACCUUGACCACCGUGGCCACUGAGAAGAAUUCCACCAUCGUGUUCCCCUUGCCCAUGAACAUGCUCGAGGGCAUUGGCGGCAUCAGCUACGACAAUAAGAAGGUCGACAAUAAGAAGGCCUGA